AUGCCUGAAUUCAGUGCUGAAUUCCUUAUUCAGAAUGAGAAUCUCUGGAAGUCAGCAGUAGAAUCAUUGCUAAACACAAUAAUUCUAUCUGAAAGAGAUGAAAAGUGGGGCAAAUUCAUUCUUCAUGAUAUUCCAGUUGAAAUUUUUGACUGUGAAGAAGGAAUGCUACUUCUCAAAAAUGAAUUGGAAGAAUACAACUCCAUUCAACUGAGAAAGGAGCCUUCAAAGAUCUCUGAAGUAAGAGUAGCAGAGACUCAAAAUGUGCAUUCUGUGCCAGAGAUCACAAAACUAGUGAGCAUAAAUGUGAAACAUGCUCAAAAAGAGGUGAAAUUUGUCAACAUACUCUGCUUAAGUGCUCUAAUUGUAAAGAAAAACAUGCAUCUAGCUCUAAAGAAUAACUGGAGAAAAGAUGAAGCUCAAAGUCAAUCUAGAACUGAAGAGAAGAGUCAAGCCAGUAAACUCACAACUGCAAGCUCAAAAAGAAGAAACUCUCAAUUAUCUAAGUCUUCAAACUCCAAUUCUCCAGCAAAAUGUAAACAGAAUUUGAAUUCUCAAACUUCUGUUAAGAUUAGAGAAUUGAGAAAUGACUCUGGUGAUAAACUAGAUAUAAUGCAAGCAGUUGAGAUUCCUACUUUUCAGAACAGUUAUAAUCUACUAUCUGAUGAUAGUGAUUAG